AUGCCUAAAGCAAUCACGUAUGACCCCACGAAACACGUCGGUGUUCACGCAGAACGCGUCUCCCAUGUUUCCAGCACGGACUUUCCUGGACACUACCCAGGCGAGGACCACUCAUGGAAUCUCGAGAGAUUCGCGAAGGAACUGACCGUCAAAAUUGAAAGAUUAUCAAACCGCUCCAUUGAAUUUGACCUAGUAGGUGUGGAUGCGUCCAUCGCGAAUGCGUACAGGAGAAUAUUGAUCGCAGAGGUUCCAACAAUUUGUGUCGAAAGAGUUUACGUUUGGGACAACACUUCUGUCGUCGUCGAUGAAAUUCUUGCACAACGAAUAGGCCUCGUACCUCUGAACGUCGAUCCAGCCCUCAUGGAUAUGAAGCAAACUCAAAAUGAUCAAGCUACAGACCGCAACACACUCGUGUUUCGGUUACAAGUCACCUGCGAGCGUCGGAAGAAUGCGCCAAAAGAUACCACAGACCCCAAAAAACUGUAUAUCAACCACGAGGUUCUGUCCUCGCAUUUGAAAUGGGUUCCACAAGGAGAGCAAGAGGUCGUUAUGGCAGACAAUCCCCCUGCACCUACAAAUUCAGACAUCGUGCUCGCAAAACUACGACCUGGGCAAGAAGUUGACAUGGAGGUACAUGCUGUCAAGGGAGUAGGGAAAGAUCACGCAAAGUUCUGUCCAGUUGCGACGGCGUCAUAUCGUCUACUACCCCUGGUGAUUCUGAACCCAAACAAACCGGUACCUCCAGAGCUUGCAGUCAAAUUUCAAAAAUGCUUCUCGCCGGGUGUCAUUCAAGUAGAUCCCCGAACGAAAGCUGUCAGCGUGGAUGAUAAGAAAACGCGGAAGGAGACGAUGAGUAGAGAAGUGUAUAGACACCCCGAAUUUGAAGGAUGCGUUCAACUUGCUCGCGUGCGAGAUCAUUUCCUAUAUAAUAUCGAGUCUGAGGGAUUUUAUCCUCCACAACGGCUACUUCCAGAAGCAAUCGCUGUCAUGCGAGCCAAGAUUGCUACCAUCAAGCGUGCCACGGAAGCGCUACUAAACCUUGGGGACGUUGAGAUGGCAGAUGCGUGACUGUGUACGGUACCCCGUUGUAUUCUGGCCGUGUACUUUAUCUUGUCUUUUAUCAUGCGAAUGACAGGGGAAUUAAGAAUACAGCAUUUAUAUGAUCAAUCCAUCGACACAUCCAUCUUCACAGUCCCUUCCUCUAUAGUCAAUCGCUUGUUCCGGCUCUCUUUUAUAAACGCAUCAAUUUGUGCUUUAAGUUCCACAU